AUGGUUAGUAUGGUGAUAAUGGCCGGUAUAUUAAUCAAGUUUAUAUCAUCAUCAAAAUGGAAUCAUCAUCUUUCGACAAGAGCAAAUGUUCAAAAUGAUGGUGAUGGUGGUGGCCAUCAACAACAUGAUUUAGAUGAAAGAAUAUCAUUGAAAAUUCAAAGAAAACAACAUCUGCAUCCUAAUGAACAUGAUGAUGAUAAUGAUGAUAAAAAUAAAAAUCCACAUCCACAUCUCCAUCAACAUCAUCAUCAUAAUUAUCAUCAAAACAAUGGUGGUGGUAGCAAUGGUGGAAUAUUAUCAUUUAUAGGCCGACAUAUUUCAUCGGCAACACCAAACAAUUCGGAUUGGCCAAAUACAAUGAAAAAUAUAACAGUUACUGUUGGUCGUGAUGCAACAUUUGAAUGUGUAUUUCCUAAAUUAAAAGAUUUUCGUCUGGUAUGGUUUCAUCAGGAUCAUCAUGUAUUGUUAGCUACACAUGAUACGGUCAUCAGUAAAAAUGGACGAAUAUCCGUACGGUCACAUGCAAAUACAACAUUUUAUCUAACCAUACAUGAUGUACAGGAAAAAGAUCGUGGAUUUUAUAUGUGUCAAGUAAAUACUAAACCAAUGCGUAUACAAAUUGGUUAUCUUGAAGUAAAUGUUCCACCAUCAUUUAUUGAAGAGAAAACAAGCUCGGAUUUUGAUAUAGCAGAAAAUUCAUCUGCAACAUUGAAUUGUUUGGCAAAAGGAAGACCAGAACCACAGAUUGUAUGGCGUCGUGAAGAUGAACAACCAAUUCAAUUAGAUUCACAAACCAAUGAAUCAUCAUUGACAAUUAAAGGUCAAUAUUUAAACUUGAAAAAUGUGUCCAGACAUCAAAUGGGUGCCUAUCUUUGUAUUGCUUCCAAUGGUAUAUUACCGACUAUAAGUAAACGAAUAUUUCUUGGCGUUAGCUUCAAACCAGUUAUACGGACAAAUAAACGUUUGGUUGAAGCAGCAAUCUCAUCAAGUCCAAUACUUGAAUGCCAUAUUGAAUCCUAUCCAAGAGCUAAUGUUUAUUGGCAAAAAAAUAAUCAAUUACCAUUAAUUGUUUAUAGUGAUAGGAAAUAUACAUUAUCAAUGAAUGAAAGUAUCAUUCCCUAUCGUUUUAUUGCCAGGCUCAAAAUUAGUGAUAUACAGAAAAAUGAUUUUGAUAAAUAUAAUUGUAUAGGUAAAAAUAAGAUGGGUAAUGAAAGAAAUUUUAUACAACUUUUGGAACGUAAACGACCACCACCACCACCAUCAACAAAAAAACCAUUAAGACGGCCAAUAACAAUGACAACAACUGCAUCCAACCUGAAAAAACAUAAUCAAAAAUUA